CUCAGGCCCAGCGGCAGGACUUCCCUUAAAGCCUGGGCUCCAUCUUUCUGGCUAGCUGUGUACUGAGGCUGUUCCGGAGCCUUGAGGGGCCCCUGGGUACCAGGCAGAGGCACAAGUGGGCUGUGACAGAUGGGGCAAGGGUACAGGGCUCAAAGCAGCUGACUGAGUGCCCCAGGGCCAGACAGCUAACCAGGGGCAGAGCCAGGAUCCGAAGUCAGGAGCUGCUUGGAGAUGCUGCUGCUGCUGCUGACCCUGUUGCUGCUGCUGCCACUGGCCGUGCUCCUGUGGCGGCCACGGUCCCGGGAUGCCAGGCGGUCCUGGCUUGUCCGCCUCCAGCACUGUGUGACGUGGGGGGCUCUGCGCUGGGCAGCCGCCUGGCAGCAGAAGAGACUAGCGCAGAGCACGUUGCACGCGGGCCAGAGCCAGCAGCAGGCCCUGAGGCGUUGUCUGCGCGGAGCCCAGGGUCCCCGCUGUCCCCUCAGAGGGAGCACAGAUAUAAGCACCUUCCGGAAUCAUCUCCCUCUGACCAAGGCCAGCCAGGCCCAGGAGGAAGAAAGUGGCGGGCAGCCCUUGUCCCCCACCUCAAACUGGUACCAUGGCGAGGCCUCUCUGCAGGCCACCUUGCUGGGUCUGGCAGCCCUAAACAAGGCCUACCCGGAAGUGCUGGCUCCAGGAGGCACGGCUCGUGUAACUGCUUCCUCCCCUUGGCCCUACCCCCUCCCCUGGCCUUGGCAUGCCCUGGGCCAAGUGAGCCCCACUGGAGCCAAGGACCCAAGGGUCCUUCUCCUGGAGGCACUGAGGUCCCCAGGGCUGCGGGCUCUGGAAGCUGGGACGGCAGCAGAGCUCCUAGAUGUCUUCUUGGACCUGGAGGCCCAUGGGGAAGAGCUGGCUGAGGCCAUCGCUGCUGGGAACCCAGGAGCACCUCUCCCCAGACGGGCAGCCAAGCUGCGGGAAGCCCUGGAGCAGGGAACCCGAGGACUGGCCCUUCGGCUCUGGCCAAAACUGCAGGUGGUGGUGACUCUGGACGCAGGAGGCCAGGCUGAGGCUGUGGCCGCCCUGGGGGCCUUGUGGUGCCAAGGGCUCACCUUCUUCUCACCCGCUUACGCUGCUUCUGGAGGGGUGUUGGGCCUGAGUCUGUGGCCAGAGCAGCCCCAUGGCCUGUACCUUCUGCCCCCUGGAGCCCCCUUUAUUGAGCUGCUCCCACUCAAGGAAGGAACUUGGGAAGAGGCUACCCCCACUGUCCUGCUGGCUGAGGCCCAGAAGGGCAAGGAGUACGAGCUGGUGUUGACCAACCACGCCAGCCUCACCAGGUGCCGGCUCGGUGAUGUGGUACAGGUAGCGGGUGACUACAAUCAGUGUCCGGUCGUCAAAUUCAUCUGCAGGCUGGGCCAGACCCUGAGCGUUCGAGGCGAAGACACUGGUGAGCACGUGUUCUCUGAGGCCCUGGGCCGGGCCGUGGGGCAGUGGCCGGGGGCCAAGCUGUUGGACCAUGGCUGGGUGGAGAGCAGGAUUCUGGGCAGUUUGUCCACAGAUUCCUCUGAGGGCUCCGCUCCCCACUAUGAGGUAUUUGUGGCACUGAAGGGGCUGAGGAACUUGUCAGAGGAAAAUCGAGACAAGCUUGACCACUGCCUUCAGGAAACCUCCGCUCGCUACAAGGACCUGCGGUUCCGGGGCAGCAUGGGCCCCGCCCAAGUCCACCUGGUGGGGCAGGGGGCCUUCAGGGAACUGCGGGCAGCCCUCGCUGCCUGCCCCUCGGCCCCUUUCCCUCCGGAGAUGCCCCGGGUUCUCAGGCACAGGUCCCUGGCCCAGUGCCUGCAGAGGAGGGUGGUGUCCUGAGCUGAGGCCUGCCCCGGCCCCGUUCACCCCCAUGGGCUGCCUCGCUCUUUCCUCUGGAGCCUCUCUGGAUGUGGAGCCCUUGGCCAGGGUCUUCAUGUGUCAGCUGACAGCUGCCCAUGAGAGCUGCUGCCCUUAGGGAGGCCCGACCUGGUCAGGCCGAGGAGUUGACUUCAAGGACAGAGCAGACACCAGCAGCACCCUGCCUGGAGUCCCCAGCCCACCCUAGAGGACACGGGAGUUCCAAUCCAUGCUGGCAAUGCCUGUGUUUCUUAGCCUGUGCACCAGGCAGGCUGGAAGCGUUGAAAGUUCAGGCUCCCAGGAGUGACCCCUGGUUGGCAUGGAGCAGGGGCUGGUGACCGCAGACUUCAGCUUUGUCAUCCUUCAGUAGAACAACUCUGAAGUGUAUUCUGUAGCAUCUGCCUCCGAGGGUCCCCACCAGUUGCCCGCAGUGGUAACACUCUCAUUAACACGGUUCUUACUGGUUUUCUUCCUGUCUCUCCUGUCCCUCCUCCCACGUGCUUUCUAGGGUCACCUGCCAAAUAAACUUCUUACACCCAGAA